CUUCUUUUAACUUCUUUUACAAAAAAUAAAUGGCGGAUCACAAUUUUCUAACAAAAGCGAGCCGAUAUAACUGUGUGUAAAUCGCUGAAAUUCAACAAUAAAACAUGGAGAUUACUCGUACUACACUAGGAAUUGCAGUUGGUAUAGCUGGGACUUUGUUCUUAGGAUACUGCGUGUACUUUGACCAACAACGUCGCAAGGAUCCUCUUUUCAAAAAGAAGUUGAGAGAACGCAGACAGAAUGCACAGAAGAGUGCAAAUCGUUCACGUACAUAUGGCGGUCCUUUGCCUGACAUGAGUGACCAUGAAGCCUUGCAGAGGUUCUUCCUACAGCAGAUCCAGCUGGGUGAGGAGUUGCUGGCAGCCGGCGACCUGGAGGCGGGCGUUGAGCACCUUGGGCAGGCCGUCGCCGUCUGCGGACAGACACAGCAGCUGCUCGGGGUCCUCCAACAAACGAUGCCGGCGCCAAUCUUCCACAUGCUGCUGAAGAAGCUUCCAGAAGUGACAGAGCGGCUCCGAGCCAACAUGAAGGCGAGCGGAAACCAGGCCCUGCAGGAGGAGGACGUGGAAUAGACCUUACUGGUGCCUGUUAUGUGUUGAGAGCUUUUUGUACUGGACUUAACGAGUAAAUACCGAAUUAUUUUACCUUUGACGCUAUAGCGUGUUAGGACAGCUGUCAGAAUAGUAAAUUUUCUUUGUCUAUCUCUUUCGCACUCGCCUGUCCUCCCAUCAUUCUAUCCUUGUCAUAGAGGGCGAUACGGCUCACCAACUAUCACGUUGGUCUAACAGAAAGCUCAUACUAAUCUAUUUGUGAUGUCAUCGUAACAUUAUGGUGUCCUACUUUUGGGAAAUUCCUGCAUUAGUGGACUUCCCACCGAGUAUUCUCUUCGAAGAAUCUAUCUUACACAAAACUGGUUAUUUACGUUAAAGUCUUUUCUUUGGAACUUUGACAUUGGCAGAAUCAUCGUUUAUAAACGAUGCAGCCAUAAACAACAAGAAGUAACAGAAUGCUCAAGUAAAGCGUGGGUACUCAGUUCGUCUUGCGAUGGAUGUACAGUCAUGAGCAAUAUAAUGUACCCACUUUAAGACUCUGUCGCACUAACAUAUUUGACAUUAAGUGAGACUUACAGUUCAAUUUGUCAAAAAAGUUAAUGUGACAUGGUACCGAAGUGUAUACAUAUUAAUGCUCGUGACUGUACUAGUAGCUUAAUUGGGAACAUACAUAGUCGUGAGCUUAUGCCAUACUCGCCAUGCAAGACCUUAAUAGCUAUCUCCCUGUCGGGUCUUCGGUUGUCCAUAGACUUCUCAUCCCCUUGCCUCGGUGACUUCCGGUAUGACGACUAUCCUAUAGUCUCGAAUUACUUCGGAAGAUGUCCAAACUAUCUCAUAUAUUCUCUCAUUUGAAUAGAAGAAACGACGACCUAGACGUUCAUGGGCAUAUAAUACUUAGCACUUCAAAGACACAUACCAUGAGCUGCCUUUUAAUUCCUAACGGUAUGAUGAAAGUGUUAUAAAAUAGAGAACAUAUUCAAACUGUAAAUAAUAUGAUUGUGAAUGAGAGAUCCUAUAGAUUAUCGGUGUAAUACAGACAAUAAUAGAAAAUGGUUUGACAGUAAUUGUUGUACAUAAUUUUAUUUAGGAAAUUGUAAUAGAGAAACUGUCUAAAUCUUGCCUGUAUGUCGCGUGCGUUUGUUAUAAUCAAGUUCAUGUAAGGUAGAAGCUCUUAACUUUUAACAGGUAUCCAAGUAUUUGUAGAGCAGUGUAAUGGAGAAUCAAUUGUUAAAAAAUGGCGGAACCACCGUUUUCGAAUAGCAAAAUAGAGAUUUAUUUCGAUAGUGAAUAUUAGAAUUGUUUCGACAUUAUUACCUUUGAGAAAUUCUCAUGACGAACCAUCCCUUGCAUAUAUUAUGUCGCAUUGUAUUUUUUGUAACUAUUUAUCUUCUAAUUGUUUGUGUGAAUGCUUCAAGUCUCGUGUCAUGUUGAAUCCCCUGGACUCAAGACUUGAGUAUAUGUUGUUGAACGUUAUCGACAGAUUGCCUUUAUGCCCCGACUUUGACGAAAACCAAAAGGAGGGUGAUGUUUUUAAAAUGUCGAUAAGUUUAUAAAAUUAAAAUCUGAAUGAAUCUGUAUGCCUGUUUUGUAUCGAUAAACUUGACUUAACGCGAUAAAUGCGUGAAUCUAUCGACACUAAGCAUCUUCAUCUAACAUUUUUGUUCACAUUUACAUAAUUGUAUAGAAGUAGGAGAGCUAAUCAGAGACUUAAUACUUUGCUUUUCCUAUAGUAUAAUUAAAACUAAAUUUAAGAACAAUAGUGUUGUAAUUUAAUUUUACUCUCCUGUUUAUAAUUUAUUUAUAAUAAUCAAGCUCAAUGGAUAAGUUUUGGGAUUAUUGUAUAAAUUGUACCAAAUGCAGAUCGGCUGUGAUACCCUCCAGUCCGCCAUUUUGCUAAUAUCACGAGAACGCAAGUUGGUAAUGUAGGUAUUUGUUAGUUAUUAUAGGUUUUGUUUUGUGUUCACAACUGGUUAAGGAUGCUUGCGAGUUUUGAUUGAGAUUUUAUUGUGAAAUAAAAGUAUUGUACAAA